UGAUACUAAUAAACUGGCUGGCUGGAGUCGUCAGCCCUCACAGCCCUCCUGACCCCAGCUUUGGACUUUAUUUUUCUCCUCUCUGGUCCGCCCCCUCAGAGUCCCAGUGUGAACCCAGGAAGAACAGGUGGUCUGGUUCGCCCUCUCUCAUUUUCCUUCCAAAGGUCUCUCUUUGACCUUUAACCCAAUGGCUACCUCUCCUUUUUUCUAGCUUCCCAUUGGGAUCCUCAUCAUUGUCUAAGAGUAUUGUGUAUAUUGUAUGGCAGUAUUUGGUCCCUCCCAUCACAUGUGCCCUUUGGCAGUGCCAGGAAAAUUUCCACACUCCAGCAGCCAAUCAUUGUUCUUAUUGUGGAGGAGAAGACAUUCCUGGGGGGGUUAUUAUGUAAGAAACUGUUGGGAUUGGAUUGUCAGCAGUUACCCAGUCCUGUCCUUUCCUCUGCUGCUACCUCUGCUCUGAACUGAGCUCUCAACUCUCAACAUCAGCAGGAUGCUAAGCUACUUCUUCCUCCUGAAGGCACUUCUUGCUCUUGGGUCCCUGGCAUCCUGGGUAACUGCAGGAGAGCACGUGAAAGAGGGACAGUGCCUUCCUGAUCAGAACCCAUGCAAAUAUCUGUGCCAACUUGAUAGGUCAUGUCCUGCUGGGCAGAAGUGCCACAGCACAGGCUGUGCCAAGGCCCACCAAGCAGACCUCAUAGGGAGGAAAAGAGGUAGUCCCAAAGUUAUUCAGAGACCAUUCUGUUCUAACAUGUGUACCACACGUAAGGCAUGUCGCGCAAAGAGAUGCUGUACAUUUGGCUGCAACAAGAGAUGUGUAGUCCCACUCUUCAUACAGAAGCUGGGUAAAUUUGGUGGUGGAUGUCCUGCUGACCCUCUUCCAUGUGAGGAGCUCUGUGAUGGGGACACAUCUUGUCCCCAGGGACACAAAUGCUGCAGCACUGGCUGUGGCCACGCCUGCCGAGGAGACAUUGAGGGAGGGCGGGAUGGUCAUUGUCCCAGAAUUCUGGUGGGCCUGUGUAUUGUCAACUGCAUGGUGGAUGAGAACUGUCAACCUGGGGAAAAGUGCUGCAAGUCAGGAUGUGGCCGCUUCUGCGUCCCCCGACUCCAGCUGCUCCACCUGCCCACGGACUCCAACUUCACCAAUGGGUCUACACCUGAAUCAGAGUUUCAAGCACCCUAGCUGUUCUGACUUGUCUGGAAUCUUCUGGAAGCCAAGAAGGGGUGAUGUCCUGGGGCUUGUGACACUCCCACAGAUAUCAGGUCUCCUCUCUGCCUCUGCUGCCUGGAGCACACAGCAGCCCUGGGGACAGGAGUUUCUCUUUCUCAAUAAAAGACUGGCAUGGACCCUCUCGUCUGUAUUGUGUAGGGCCUCAGAUGAGGUGGGGAGUGAGCGGGUCUACCUGUGCAUGGCUUUGGCAUUGUGAAGCCUAUGGACUAAAGGAAGAGAGCGGAUUUUUAAAUGUAACAUGUAUGAAGAAGAGUAUUAAUGUCCCACGUGAAAUGACUAGUUAAAUAAACUAGCCAUUGCAUGGAGUUCUAGUAAAAGAGUUAUGUGUAACACCUUAGGCAGUCUUAUAUGAGUUUAGUCAUCUUUGAAAUAAUACAUCCUGACUUGUUUGAUGCAUAACAAGGUAAAACAAAUCUUUUCUUUUUAAAUGUUAAAAAAAUAGUAAUUGGUGUGUGUGUGUGUGUGUAAGUUGCAUGUGCACAGUGAAGGUGUAGCUUUCUUUCAGACCACAACUUUGAGGAGUUGGUUCUCUCUUUCCAUUGUGUGGGUCCUGGGGAUUGAACUCAGAUCAUCAGGCUUGUGUUCAUUCCUGUCUCUUACCAACGUCACCACACAUUUAAAAAGGCUUUCUGCUUUCCUCUUUUGUUUUCUGUCAGAUAUUAAAAAUGUCACUGUCUUACACCAAGUGUAUUACAAGAUAGUUUUUGUUUGCUUUUUUGCUUUUUGAAGUUUGUGUAUCCCAGGUUAGCCUCAAAUUUCUAUAUAGCUGAAGCUGGCCUUGAACUCCUGAUCUUCUUAUGCAUACUUCCCUACUGCUGGGAUCGCAGGUGUGCACCACCAUCUCCUGCUUUGGUUUUCAUCUGUUAUACUCAAGGUGUGUUUCCACUGUGGGUCUUAGCUGAGGGUGAUCUUUGGCAUGGUUUCCGAUUCUUCCACCUUGUGGCACCAAACAAGUCAGCAUGUUACCUCCAAGAGCUGAGGUUUCCUGGAGAUUGGAGUGUCACACAUAACUCUUUACUAGUCCUCCAUGCAAUGGCUAAUUUAUUUGACCAGUCAUCUCAUGUUGGACAUUGAAACUCUUUUACACACACACACACACACACACACACACAGAGUAAUAAAUACAAAAAUGUUAAGUGAAAUUCUGGAUAUUACUGUGUUGAGAACACUCAUUUUUCUGAGUAGACAUGUGUUGGAGUUGGCUGAUCUGAUGUCAAGUGGCUACAUUGUGCCAUGAACUUUAUGGUGGCUGGCCCAUAAAGUCAUGACUCUGGGAAGGGCUAAUAUCUGAUGGACUACUGACCAGUUGCUGAGAUCCCUCAUCCACUGACUUGCUUAUCAUUUUAUUGUUUACUUAAACAUCAAAAUAAAAAAGCACGCGGUUU